AGUGCGCCGUCUAGUCGAUGGCGCAGUCUCCGCGACGUUGAUUCGCUCGUUGGGAAGGCCUCCAGCGCGAGAUUCGCCAUUUUAUGUGUUUGGCACUGUCACGGGACGGUGACACGGGUGCGUGCGUGCGUGCGUGCGUCGUGCGGUGCGGUGCGGUGCGUCGAGGCACACAGGGCUAAGAGCGCGUCCGCGUCCGUCCGUUCAUUCGUUCGUUCGUCCGUUCGUCCGUUCGUACGUACAUACGUACGUUCGUUCGGUGCUGGCUCGAGUGCGGUAAGAGCGCGUCGCAACAUGUUGCCCGAACGACAGCCCGGCCCGGACGCGUACAAGUAACGGCGGCGGCGGCCAUCGGCCAUCGGCGAAGCGCUCGAUCCGAGCGGGGUGUCGUUCGCGAGUGCGGGGCCACACGACACGACGCGGCCCAUCGAAAUGGUGUAGUGUAGCGCGCGCGCGAGGCGGGCCCCUGCGUGAGCGUGAGAGAAAGAGUGUGUUUUCGUCGUCGUCGUCGUCGUCUUCGCCAUCGUCCUCCUCCUCGGGAGUGGAGCUGCACCUGCGGAUCAUCGCACGUGUGUGAUUAUCGGCAACUUCAGUUCAGUCAAUCUCGACAAUCGUGCCGACGAUCACUGUGUCAUCGCUGUCGCCAUCAUCGCCGUCGCCGUCGUCGGUGGACGUCGCGAGGCGCCCGACGUCGUCGGGACCACGGACCCCACCGAUUACCCUGGAUUACUCGCGAGACGCUACCUGGCCCUCAGUUACGAUGACUACGGUGCGCACCAUACCCUCGGACAAGAUAAAUCUACGCCUCAUCCUCGUCAGUGGCAAGACAAAAGAGUUCCUAUUCAGUCCGAGCGAUUCCGCGGGCGAUAUAGCGCACCAUGUGUUUGAAAAUUGGCCGGAAGACUGGGUUGAGGAGGCGGUCGCCAAGGCGGAGAUCCUGCGGCUAAUCUACCAGGGUCGUUUCCUGCACAGCAAUGUCACACUCGGUGCUCUUGGGCUUCCCUUCGGAAAAACCACGGUGAUGCAUCUGGUGCCGCGGGAGAAUCUUCCGGAGCCUAAUUCCCAAGAUCAGAGGCAAAAGAGUAAAGGCGGUGGUAGUAGUUGCUGCUCGGCUUCCUGCUGCAUACUCUAAGUCGCCCACCCUCCUACCCCGGUGGCCGUCGGUGUCGACUGGUGCUGGUGGAUUUCUCGCGGAUGAGCGUGCGGCAUGGGCGAGCGCGGGCUCACCCGAGUGCUGAGCCAUGGUUUCUAAGAUUUCAUGCUGAUGUAUGAUCGUUAGUGGCUGAGCUCGUGAGCAGUGUAGCACGAGAGAAACGGAUCAUCGACGGGGAAGGAGAGAAAAGAACGAAAAGAGAGUAACGGUGCCGCUGAACGUCGAGGAGGCUACAACGGUGCGUUUCCAGAGUGCGGACAAGGCGUCGUCAUCGUCAUCGUUGCUGCAUCGUUCGGGGAUUUCGCUUCGAUCGACAUGCAGCAGCGUGCGCGUACGGCACGCGCACGCGAAGAGAAUCCGCUCCGGGAAGGAAAGCGGACACGCGCGCUUCGUGACUACGUGCCGAAUCGCCAGUACGAUGGUCAGUUCGCCGAGAGGUCGAGUUGCGCCGAUAGCGAUGGUUGACUAACUCCGACUAACGACGUUACUUGGGACGUUACAGCCCUCGUUGUGAUGUACAGACGGACGUGAAAAGGAUUUGAUUAGCCGUUAAUCUCGUUAACUGCUUUAACCAGGAAUUUUGGUUUACGCUAUACCCUGCCCCUUCUCGAGUUCACGAUAUAUAAUUUCAGCGUCGAGAAAGUAAAGAGAGAGAGAGUGAGAGAGAAAGAGAGAGAGAGAGAGAGCAAGAAAGAGGAGCAUGAUCGUUCGUAGCGUUAGUUAAUUGACUUAACUGAAUUUCGGUUAACUAGAGUUAAUGUAAUAAAUCUAAUUAACCGCGCGCUGGUUAACUAAUUUUUAAUAUAGUAAUUUACAUUACUAUAGCGUGCGUAGGUGGGAUAACCGUAAGCGUAGUUAGCAGUCUUAAUUAAAUUUUCAUUAGUGAUACCGCGUUCUUCUCUCAGAUUACGGCUGUACGGUCGUAAUAUCGAGGGAGAGAGACAGAUUUAAUUAACCGUAGAUUCUUUAGUUAACACCUUUACCACCAGUUAACUUUCGAUCGCGCGAGCGAUCUCCCGCCCUCGAUUCAACUUUUAAAUCAACCCGAUUCGAUUCUCUGUCUAUUUCCAGAAGCGUUUCACAAGAAUUUCAGAGAGAGAGAGAGAGAGUUGAACGUCAGUUAGUUUUAACUAUCCGUUCGGUUAAUCACAAUUAGCACCAUUCGGUGUCGGUGCAACCAGCCUCGAUCGGAGAUCGAGGAAAACGGUCGGAAAAAGCGAACAAUCACGCGCUCGCUGCGGACGUUCGUGAUCUCGUUUCAUUCGUUCGUUCGUUCGGCAUAGAAUCGCGCGUGCAAAAGACGAGUGGAAUUUCCAGGGUGGUGAUAUACCGGGUGGCAAUGGGCCACGUUGGUUCGAAGCGUGGACUACCCUGGAACGGCGCUACAAUGCUUAAAAACUCAACCACUAUCCCAAUACCGCAGCAUUAUAAUAAUUAUGUAGACGGAAUCGUGUGCGUGUAUGCAUAAAGUGUGGCUGCGUAUUGCGUCAGAGCGAGAGAGAGAGAGAGAGAAUGAAUGGAAGAGCGCGAGAGAGAAUAAAGUUUAUGUUGUGAUACGCAAGUAGCGAAUACAUGCGCAUGCGAGUGUAUGUAUAUACAUCGUGUUAUUUUUAUGUAUAGACAUACCCGACGUGCGUGCAUGUACGUACGUAUAUAUAUAUACAGGGUGUUUCUGGCCAAGUGGGCUUUCCGGGCGGCGAUACCGCGUUCAGCGGUCAACAGAGAAAGGAGAUCGUGUGCACGGGAAGAAUCAACCAAGUGACGACGACGACGAGCGUGUUUGAGCGAGAGGCAGACCAGUCAUUUUACGAUAAGUUUUAGCCGACAUGAUAAGGAAUAUAAAACGUGUUAAGACUGAUACGAAUACGGUGUCCGCUGGACUCGCGAUAUUUUCUUAAGUCAUUCCGUAUCGACCGCGUCACGCGGUACUUACCGUUGAACGGAAGCGCGGUUGGCCAGGGACUCCCUGCGUAUACAGGAUGUUGAGAGAGAGGAGAGCGCGCGCGAAGACGACGCGCCGUCGUACUCUUCGGGGAUUUCAUAGGUGGGUCUUUCCCCGGGAGGUCGAUUCGAAUCGGUCUUCGCGUCUCCAAUUGAGAAUUCUAUUAACACGCUAUAAAUUUCUUAGAACGGGUCUAUAGAUAUAAAUCGAAUUAAAUUUUCAAAAUGAUCUCGAGCGAGUGUUCUUAUAGAUGGAUUUUUACCGUUCGCGAUUUAUUGUCCAGCUAUGAUUAUUCUCGUCUGCUUGCACUCUCCAAGAGAACCGCACUCGUUAAAGAUUCGUCAGAAAUAGAUCGAAGAGCGCUCUUACCUUGGCGAGCAAUUCGGUCCAGGUGGAAUUGAGAUCAAACGAAGAAUACGUUCGCGCGCGUUUCUUUCGCGCUCUCCUCUCUGGGCAACCUGCAUAUUAUACUAUUACUAUUAUCAAAGUCGCGCGUGCAUUUCGGCGGUACGGCGUGCACGCGCGACGGUAUGGGACACGUUGACGCGCAAGUUAAGCUCUCAUACGAAUAUAUAAAUAUAUAGACGACUUUAUUAUCAUGAAUUUAAAAAAAAGAAGUAAUAUUAUAUAUGACGCCACUUUGAGAGUUUAGUAUUCUGGAGUAUAAGAUUAUGGAGAAGAGAGAGUAAGCGAGAGAGAGAGAGCGAGAGAGAGAGAGAGAAAGCGAGAACGAGAGCGAGAAAGAGAGAAGACAUUGGAUCUCUAAUGAGUAGUUAUGAUUAAAUGAAAACUCAGAUAUAUUUCCUGUUAUAUAUAUAAUUCCUUCUUUCUGCCCCGUCGAUCCCCAAUCUAUCCCGUCUCCCCUUUCCUUCCCGUAUUAUUCUAUCUUCUCGUAUCUCCCCCGCCCCUCCUCACUACUUCGUAUACCCGUCCAUGCGAAUCUGUCGGGCCUAGAACGUCGCUCUCGUUAGACCCAGGAAUAAUUCCACGCUACGGAUUUACGUGCCCGUUUUCGAGUAUCGAUCGUAGUUAGAUCCAAUCAAACCGUUACGACAAAUACGUUGUAGACGAUUCUCCACACAUGUGACCGACUACACAUACUGACACAUACAGGGCCGCGCGUGCACAGGCACGUAACGCUCUGACACAUACACACGCACACAAAAUCUUGUACUCUACCGUAAUCGUACUACUAUAACUCUUACGAAAUGCAUAAUCCUGUGUAUAUAUAUAAUGCAAUGUUCUUACUGUAGUUAAAUCCACGAGUGGAGAAAAUGAGGAAGAGGAUAAGCCAGAAAUUUGUGCGAUCAAAAAGUUAAAAGGCAAAAAAAAGCGCAAGCGCAAGCUACGUUUAAUUUAUUUCUUGUAAUACACGAACACACACGUAUACUCGCGAAGCGACCAUGUUUGUAUAUUCCGAGAUCGUUAUUAGUACCUGCCUGACUCAUAAACCUGUGCCAUACCGGAAUUCUUUUAUCUCUUGCGCCCUCCUCCCUCGCUUUCCCUUCAUCUUAUCCUCCUCUCCUAAUCCUGCUCCUUCCCGAUCUCCCCUUGCUGCAAUCGGCUUAUAAAUAACGUGCAGAGUUACUUUGUAUUUCUUUGCAAACGCCCGAGAUACGAUCGAGGAGCGAUCGAAAUUGCGAUUCGAGAAGUGGCGAUUGAAAUUCAGCGACGGCACCAGCGCAAACCAUUGAUAGAUAGCGAAAAGUGUGUGGAUGCUCUGUCGACCGUAACAUAUCAAUACCGAGUGCGAAUUGCGACGACGGGGUCCAGAUUAGAAAUCGGCUAAUCCCGUUGUCCCUUUCUACGGAUUACAGUCCGACCAAUAAUUCGAGUGCAGGAGGAAAAUUCAACCGAGACCGGGAUUAGCGCUGAUCGAUGUCGCCGCAAUUAAGCCUAAAUGUUGCUCGUUGUCACUGAUGCUGGUAUAGUAUCAAUCAAAAUGAUUGAAUCGACUGUUGCUGAGAAAGAACAUGGGUCGAUUGUCUGAUGCAAACGAAUCGGGGAAAGCUCACUGAAUCUGUACAGCAUACAUUAGUGCUAAAAUAUUCAAACUGUGCUGUUACAAAUUUAAUAAUUUCUCAAACAGUACGAAGGAUUUAAUAAUGAAUGAAAAUUGUGUUUUUACUUUUAGAAGAAUCUUUUUGUUUUUGCAAAUGCAUGCUUAUUUGCAACAGUCGAUUCUUUUUAAAACUUGUAUGGUAAGGUAUCUGGCAAGUGAAAACGGUAAUAGAAAAGUAACAACAUUUGUAGACAAAGUAGCCGCGCGAGCGCGAAUACGCUUCUGCCUCCUCAAAUCUGGAUGUUAUUUAUUUAUAAAAACUAUCGAUCCUACAUAUAUAUAUAUUAUAGUAGAGCGAGCGACGGCUAUAUUUUUAAACAAGUCACUAUUUCUCUUGAAAUUUUGCUGGCAAAUAUCAAGUUGAGAAAUCAGACACAUUUUUAUUUAUUAACAUUUCGCUCCAGAUAAAAUGAACGCAUACUUUUCGUCGUGAUUUAUAUUAAAACACAAGUUCGACAAAUGUUGAUAGAUUUUAUCAAGGACCUCCCGGAGUCUUGGUCACCAUUGUUGUCUAGCGUUAGCGGUUUUAUCCUUUACGCGCUACACUCCUCCCCCCCCCCCGAAACGAAGGACAAUUUCACUGUAAUCGCGGCAGGAUAAUGUUAUCCCUAUCUGUUUCCAUCAUUCAUAUCGCGAAACGAUCCUAUGAUGAAGGUUCGAUGACGAACACAUUGUAUAUAAUUGUGGGUUUAUGGGAAUGGCUUGCACGAUGCACUCAUUACAACUUACUCAUCGUUCUUUAUUACGUUCGCCCUAGCGAUGUCAUCGGUUGUCUUAGGAGAGUAUCCGCAUAUAUAUAUAGAGCGUUACCUUGAUAUAAGCGAAUACCUUAAAGAAUGUCAUUACUUUUCGUCCCCAUCCCACCACCCCUCACGAUUCGUAUUUUUAUUGUAAGAUCGUAAGAUGUAGAUUAUCUAUAAAAUGCUGUUUAUAUAGGGAAACAAAUUGUUUAGUUCGUAAGACUUUAAGAUUUUGCGAGAGAGAGAGAGAGAGAGAGAGAAUGAACGAAAGAGUGAGAGCGAGAGAAAGAAAGAGCAAAAAGCUACACAUCACACCCGGUACGUUGUGGGCUUGCGGGAGGGAUGCGCGGAGAAUGAAGAAGACUCUAUUAGUCCUACCGUGAAUGUACUAUUAAAAAAAAACCAGAUGUAAUGAAGAGUUAAAAAGUAUUCUUAAAGAUCAGUUGCAUUGUAUUCAUUUCACGUGCAAUUAAGCUGAGAUUGCAAAUAGGCCGCCGUUUUACGUCGUAUUCACAACCAUACAUACACGUACACACACGCACACAUACACGAUGUCUCUGUAGGAAAGAGAGAGGGAGAGAAUGACAGAAAAAAAAGAGAAAGAGAGACCGCUCUCUCUCUCUCUCUCUCUCUCUCCCUCCCUCCCUCCCUCUCUUUCCGCUUGGACUUUCCAUUGCAUUUACCAGUUUACGGUGAAAUUGAUUUUGAAUCAUUGUUACGACAUAAAGGCUCUGUAAUAAAUUUACCUUGUAACUCUUUCCACUGUGCAAUGUCACUUUCAGACGUUGGGCGGGAGGAGAAGGAGAAGGAGGAGAGGACCGACAGAACCGCAAUUAGUUUCGAAAGAGGCACGACGAUUGAAGAUUCUCCUUUAAUAAUCGAAAUUCAGACUGUUCGCCCGACAGAGUCCGGAAAGCAAAACGUGAAACGGACGUGCAACAUGAUGAAGAGUAACAAUACUUUUCGUAUAAAAACAAUUUAAAGUAUUAAAGUAAGAUGAAACAAUGCGUCACGUGGUCGUUGAUUGAAGAAUACAUAUAUGUAUAUAUAUACUGUUCCAUAGCGGAGUAUCUUAUGAAUAUGAUCUCAAAUAAGUGACAAUUUUAUCACAUACUUUUGAAGUUGAAUAAACAGUCAAUCGAGCCGCUGCACUGUGAUAACGGUGAACAAAGGAUAAAGAACUGAUGUACGAUAUGCGGUCGCUUCUCUUUUUGUUUGAUUGAACGAAAAAUGUGGAAAGUCUACGAAUAAAAGAAACAAUUGGUAUUCUUAAUACGCUCGCGUAAUUUAUAAAGCUAAUGUACUUCUUUGUGUGUCAUAUCAAAAUUGUAGCUCGUAAGGAUGAAUUUUUCAGCUGAAAUUCCGUUGACACCAUUCGUUUCUUCAGCGAGCAAAUUCCUCACUGUUAUAAAAGCAGAAGAAACAACGAUGCGACGAAUCGAUCUAUAAGCAACUAAAAUUCUAUUUUAUUUACAGACGUAAUCGGCAUUUGCAUAAAAAAUGAUCCUCUUUUCUCAAGUCCGGUUUACUUUCGAGAAAUGCACGAACCGCACUGCGAUCUGCGAUUUCUUAUCAGCCAACGUUACCUUUGCGUUACAAAGACUAAUCGAUAUUCGUAACCCGGUUAUCGCGAUACUUUCUAUCUCGUCGGGCGAAGAGAUUAAAUUAAUUGGUCAUCUUUCAUAAAGUUUAUCAUACGGCAUCAACGACGGUGAGCAAAGGGAGAGAGGGAGAGGGAGAAGGAGAGAAGACCAAACUCGAAAUAAGAACUUGAGAAAUAUCAAAUUCCGCUUGCAAACACAGGCAGACUUAUAUCAAACGUACAGCGUACAAGUGCCGCAUGACACCGCAUUGUAGAUUGUAUACGGGAUGUGUGGUAAUAGACGCGUAUUACGAUCGACGUGAUACAAAGUGGUCCUUGUGGAAAACUGGAAUAAUUGGAGCUUUCAUUGAAAUUCAUCUACUUGAACUCUCGAAGCAGCGGAAUUUAUUUUUUUUUUUAUUAAACUGCACCGAGAUACCUUUAUUACCCGCUACCAAUUUAGACACUGUAUUUAGAUCAGAUUAUUUUUAUCGAGAUCCAACGGUUUAAUACCCAAUACCGCAAAUACUGUGUACACUUAUUAUCAAACAUCCGGUAUAUUAAAAUCUCGCUACUAAUCAUUAGUCAUAAAAGCGACGUAAUCGCGCCACGUUCGUGCAAUAUAUCAGCGAGCAGUGAAUUUCCAGCUUAGACGCGACUCAUGUAACAGUUAUAUCGUCUAACAAUUGUGCUCCAUUAUAUAACGAGAAUCCCACACAUUUUUGAGCUGUAGGAAGAGGACUGUGAAAUCUCGCCAAUCGCUAUACAUUUUGGAUACACGAUAUCCUCUGCCUACGAACGGAUCCGCUUUUAUUUUUUUUUUUCUUCUCUCACUGGUAGUCUGUAGACCUUAUAAUGAUUAAGAAACGCGAGGUACAAAGGAACCAGUGACGGUAUUUAAUUUAAAGAUCACGAGCCAAACAAACGGAAACAGGAACUUUAUAACACACGUGCGACACGCCGGCCGCAUCGAGAAUGUAUAAUCGACAUUCAUUGUGUAACUAUAACGUAAACGUUAAAGAAACACCAGCCAGAAUUCACGCAAUAUGUCCCUACUGAAUGUUCACGUACGAAGAUCGAAAGAAAUGUAUAAAGCUAUGUAGUAUUAUAAAGAAUUACGAGUAUGUAUAAUUUAUUCCUGCGCAUCAUCACGGUCAUCGGGAGUCAUCGUCACCCAAACAUCGUCAUGCUUUCUUUUCAUUCUCGACACGAUCGCCAUUUUUCGAGAGCAGUUACGUUCGAGAUGUAACAUCCAGAUAUUUUUGUAGAUAGUAACUAAUAUAAUUCACAUGAUAAUACAAUAAUACAGUAUACCGAAUAAAAUGAAUUCUACGCAA